CCGUGGACCACAACUCGGCAAUAACCUUCUCUAUAACCUCCGCCGUGCCAUUUCCACACUGCGUUGGAAGCUUUCCUCCAUCUCUGGCAGAUAAACCCCACGAUUCCACCAGUCCUUGAAAUGGGCGCAAGUCGUCGUUUCACGCUCCUCCUGGUGCUCGCGGCAGCCAUCCUGUCCAUCCUGUUUCUGACUUCGCUUCGGGACUCGAACGGGAGCGGAAGUCCUGCUACAGUUGUCCCGGCACAUUUAGAGCCAGCAGACAGCUCCAUACUCAGUGGUCAUGCGAUCGCACCUAAGCUGGGCAAUGCCACCGCAAAGGCAGAACUGGGUCGCGCCGCUUGGAAAGUGCUGCACACCACCUUUGCGCGGUUCCCCGUCAAGCCGACAAAAGACGAGAGCGAAGCGCUGCGGCAAUACGUCCAUCUCUUCCAGAGACUAUACCCAUGUGGAGAAUGCGCCGAGCACUUUGGCAAAGUCCUUGCCAAAUACCCACCCCAGGUGUCGUCACGGUCCGCCGCUGCGACAUGGGGCUGCUACGUGCACAACAUCGUGAACAAGCGACUACACAAGCCCGAGUAUGAUUGCGAGCAGAUAGGGGACGCGUACGACUGUGGAUGCGCGGACGACGAGAAGCAGGACUCUGCAGAGAAGCCGGUAUCGAGCGAGCAGAAGAAGCAAGCACCGGUACAUCAAUAACGACGCUAUCUCAAGCAAAACUUGGUGGAGGGUGGUCGCGCCCGCGCAUCGACUGGGCAAUCCGUAUCUACCGAUUCCCAGGAAUAUACGGCUCCAGAGGGCAAGGCGGCGGAUGAUUUGAUUGAUCAGCGGUCCGCAGUGUCCCGAUGACCCGCGGCAGGUUAUAGGUCAUGC